GCUGCCACAAACCCGGCGGAGAUCGGAGGGGAAGGAGCGCACUGCCGGAGCUGCCGGGAGAGGGAACGAGAGAGAGAGAGACAUACUGAGCGUUGAGGAGAGAGAGAGAGAGAGGAAGGGAGCGGACAUAGAAGAGCGUGUUUCAGCGAGGAAACGCAGUUUGCAGGAGGAGAGAGGAGAGGCUGCACGUUUAUUUUCUCCCGAUCAGUUUUACGCACGCACGCCGGAGCUGCCUCAUCCAGGAGAUCUUGUGUUAUCUUUUGCGCAAGAACGAACCGUUAUCGGGACAGUAUGUUAAGAGGGAAAUCCAUGGGAUUUUGUUUCUUUUUUAAUAAUUUUACCAACUAGUUGCGCAAUUUGGGAAAGACAGCCAGAGCAAAAGAUUUGGGGGGUUUAUCGAAAGGAGGAGGAACCACUCUAGUUACUUUUUUCAGAUUUUGUCAAACUCAAUGGUUGCAUUUGUUCCUGGUGUUUUCAACCGGUGAUUUCCACUUUGUUUGAAAUUUAUGAUUUUGUCAACGACCGUGUCGGCAAGGUUUUAUUCCCACGCGCGUUUUUACUGACAGGGGGACACAGUGCAGCCGGCUGCGCUCACCGCAAUGGAUUGUGAGGCUUUAAAAUGUGUUUACAAUAGAAAUUGAUUUCAGAUCAAUUUGCGCAGUUGUUUUUUUUCCAAAAGAAGAAGCACACACUCACAAAGCUUGUACAAAUACUGUGCAAAUACUGUUCAACCAGCGCAAUAUAUUCUUGGAGAGCCCUGCGAACGCAACCCGACAUUUGUGGUGGAUUUGGGGCACUAUUUGUGUUGCGCUUCAAAUAAAUAAAGAACUGGAAAAGGGGACUUUGGACUCGAGCUUUGUGUCAGAUAUACUGAAUAAAACCACAGAGGAGGAGAAGAGGUGGUUUUCCACAUCCGAGGGGGAAAAGAUGGAUUUAUUCGUAUGGCUUUGUGGAUGUUUACUGGCCUUUAUUUUGCCUUCAGCAGUAAAAGCAGAGGAAGGAGCGUCUGAACCAUGCGGUGGCCAUUUAGAUGCCAGUGAUGCUGGCUACAUCACCACCCCCGGCUACCCGCUGGAGUACCCACCUCACCAGAACUGCCGCUGGACCAUCACAGCCCCCGAGCCUUCACAACGCAUCGUCCUCAACUUCAACCCGCACUUUGAGAUAGAGAAGCUGGACUGCAGGUAUGACUAUGUAGAGAUCCAUGAUGGGCCCUCAGAGACGGCUGACCUACUGGGGAAGCACUGCAGCAACAUCGCCCCUGCACCAAUCAUAUCGUCAGGGCCCUCGCUCCACAUCAAGUUCGUAUCGGACUACGCCCACCAGGGGGCGGGCUUCUCUCUGCGCUACGAAAUCUUCAAAACCGGUUCAGACUGUUCCCGUAACUUUACAAGUCCCUCGGGUCUCGUUGAGUCCCCGGGCUUCCCUGACAAAUACCCCCACAACCUGGAGUGCUCCUUCAUCAUCAUUGUCCCCCCCAGCAUGGAUGUCACCAUCACCUUCCUCACCUUUGACCUGGAGAACGACCCCCUGCCGGGCGGGGAGGGGGACUGCAAGUACGACUGGCUGGAAGUGUGGGACGGGCUCCCAGGAGUUGGCCCUCUGAUUGGUCGAUACUGCGGGACCAGGGUGCCUCCUGAGAUCCAAUCAUCUACUGGGAUUCUCUCUCUGUCUUUCCACACUGACAUGGCUGUGGCUAAAGAUGGCUUCUCAGCUCGAUAUAACAUGACCCACAAGGAAGUCAGUGAGACUUUCCACUGUAGUAAUGCAUUUGGUCUGGAGUCAGGAAAGAUCACGGAUGACCAGAUCACUGCUUCGUCCAGUUUCUACGAUGGACACUGGCUGCCACGUCAGGCCAGGCUUAAUUACAAUGACAACGGAUGGACACCCAACGAAGACAGCAACAGGGAGUACAUACAGGUGGACCUCCAUACUUUGAAGGUGCUUACAGGCAUCGCCACCCAGGGCGCCAUUUCGAAGGAAACUCAAAAGGCUUACCAUGUCACCACUUUCAAGCUGGAGGUCAGCACCAAUGGAGAGGACUGGAUGGUCUACAGACAUGGCAAGAAUCAUAAGGUUUUCCAUGCCAAUGCUGACGCUACGGAGGUGGUUCUCAAUCGGAUCCCUCAGCCAGUCCUGGCCCGCUUCGUGAGAAUCAAACCUCAGACGUGGAAAAACGGCAUUGCUCUGCGGUUCGAGCUUUACGGCUGUCAGAUUACAGAUGCCCCCUGCUCAGAGCUGCAAGGAAUGUUGUCUGGGCUGAUCCCCGACUCUCAGAUUUCUGCGUCGUCCAUGAGAGACAUCCACGGUUCCAUGGGGUCAGCCAGGCUGGUGGCCAGUCGGUCAGGCUGGUUUCCCAACCCGACACAGCCUGUAGCUGGAGAAGAGUGGCUACAGGCGGACCUUGGUGUGCCCAAGAUGGUGCGUGGCAUUAUUACCCAGGGUGCAAGAGGGCUGGAGGGCAGCACCAGUGCUGAGAACAGAGCGUUUGUCAGGAAGUACAAACUGGCCCACAGCUUGACCGGCAAAGACUGGACUUACAUCACUGACAGCAAGACUGGGUUUGCUAAGAUUUUCGAGGGGAAUGGCCACUACGAUACUCCAGAGGUGCGGAGGUUUGAUGAGAUAGUGGCCCAGUACAUCAGAGUCUUUCCGGAGAGGUGGUCGCCCGCUGGGAUCGGCAUGAGGAUGGAGGUCCUCGGCUGUGACCUGCCUGAAACCACCACUGUACCUGACACCAUGACCCCCACCCUGCCCAGACAAGAACAAACGACUGCUGCAAUGAGACCCGCCACCACUCCGUCCCUGUCGGCUGUAUGUGACUUUGAGCAGAGCUUGUGCGGCUGGUCGGCUGAUCCCCAGUCAGGUGUGAGCUGGUCCCUGCACACAGCCAGCAGCAGUUCAACUGGACACGGCACGCAUGGAACGAGGCAGGAUUUGGCGCUGGGAUCAGACAAUUUUUCGGGGAACUACCUCCACCUGGAUGCGGGUGCACACACCCAGCGCAAGCGAGCCCGGCUGCUGAGCCCUGAGGUGGGGCCGGAGCUAGGCCCGCUCUGCCUCCUCUUCUACUACCAGCUCCAGGGGGAGGCACAGGGGAGCCUGAGGGUCCUGCUGAAAGACAGUGACCAAGAGGAGACGCUGCUAUGGGCUUUAAAAGGAGACCAGGGGUCUCACUGGAGGGAGGGCCGCACUAUCCUGCCUCAAAGCCCCAAGGAGUAUCAGGUGGUGUUCGAGGGUUUUUUUGAUCACCCGACCAGAGGCCACAUCAGAAUAGAUAACAUCCACAUGAGCAACAGCAUGGAGCUGGAGCAGUGUACUCAGCCUUUCCCCGCCUUAACACCCGGCAUAACCAAUCCCAGGCCUAUGGAUUUCGGAAAGGAUCCUGUUUUCAACCACAAGCCCCCCAUCGAUGGAGAGUAUGUCUUCCCAGUGUGGCCGCCCUCCUUCUCCACCCCCUCCUCCUCUGAUGUGGACCCCCCUUCUGUCACCCUGGUGUCAGAGAAAGACAAGGACAACGCCUGGCUGUACACGCUGGACCCCAUCCUCCUCACCAUCAUCGUGAUGAGCUCUCUAGGCGUCCUGAUGGGCGCGGUUUGCGCGGGACUGCUCCUCUACUGCACAUGCUCUUACAGCGGGCUUUCCUCGCGCUCCUCCACAACGCUGGAGAACUACAACUUUGAGUUGUACGACGGGAUUAAGCAUAAAGUGAAGAUAAACCAGCAGAGGUGCUGCUCAGAGGCAUGAAGGGGAGGAGGAGGAGAACAAUGGGGAAAGAAACACGAUCCCCUGCAAAAGUGAUUUUGUUCUUGGUUUGGACAAAGACAACACAAAAAGGAAGCACUCUCUGUUAUUUCAAUCCCCAGUGUCCCCUGCCUAAUAUCCUGCUCUGAUGUCUAAAGGGGUAACAUUCAACACAGUUUCCCCACCUAUUUGCGUGCCAGUGGGAACACGUAACUGUGAUCUCCCCUACAUGCUAUGAGGCCUAAACUGGGUGAACACCUGACCCCAGUCUCCCCUACCUACAGUACCAUAUCUCCUCCGCCUGCAGGAGAGAGCCUGCUCGAUUCUAAAAGCCUGUGAAUGAAUGAAGGAAUGAAUAAAUGAAUAGGAAUGACAGAUCUACAAUAGAAUAUAAUCCACCAGCCACUGGAAUGAAGCUAGAACCGAGGUGGACUACAACACCCAUGACAAGCUGGACAUUUGGACGACAAAUGACAGCACAGUCUGAGGUGUCUGGUUGAAAUGUUGGUAAUGGGAUUCUUGAUGAAGAAGAGAAUUCCAUUAACACAUAUCCACGACUGGUACUUUGCUGAAGGGCAAUGUCAAAUUUGUCCUUAUUCGCUUGAAUUUGAAUGUGGCCAAGAGAGAUGGCAUGCAGAAAUGAAAAAGUUCCAGCUUCUGACUGUUUGUGAAGACUUCAGCACCAGUGGACCAUUUAAUGUGGGUACUUUUGACUGAAAUCAACACAUAUCAAGCGAAUGCCUAUCCCCCUAAAGAAAAUUUAAAUAUAUCAGACCACACAACUCAAAAGAAUCUAGAUUUCUAAGGGAGAAGAAGGAAAAGGACUUUCUUUUUGUUUGUUUCUGAAAGUUUUAGAUAUGAGUUCCGUGAGUUUCAAACGUCCAUUAAUCCGCCAUAUGGUGCUCGCUUGCUCCUUUGUCUGCCCUCGGUCUGCGCUUUGUGAAACCAGUGGCAUAGAAGAGUAAUGGUGACUGUUUUCGUUUUGUUUUAGACUUGUGUCUGUUUGGGGAAAAAAAAGGUAAAGAACAGUCAGCUUCAGUUCGUAGCCGCCCUGUAGAGCUCUUAUGCCAUUUUUAGACUUUCUUUAGCAUUGUGUUGGACUCCACGGUCUUAACUGUUACUUCAGUCCUUUUCUAUUUUGACACAUUUUCCAUUACAGAUUAUCAGUCUUUACAAAGAGUAGAGGAGAGUUAAAGGAUAAUGGAAGACAGAAAAUCAGAGGUUUAUCUAAAUCUAACAUGCUGUUAUGGAGUCGUGCUUUAGAUUCAGUAUUCUAGGGUUUGUCUUUGGUAUAUAUCUAUAUUUUUUUGCUUUUCAGACUGUAUGACGCCCAAAUGAUGGACAAACACUGUGUGAAGAAAAUGUCAGUGAUUGUUUUAUUGCAACCUAUGGAUUGCCAAAGAGCUGUGUAUGUGCACAGGGGGUCUAAACAAGUGUUAAAAGAGGCUGGGAGACCGGACCUAGAGUGAUAAAUCAUCCUCCCUCUUAUCCACCGCUCCUAGCGUCACCCCCUGAAUGAAGGACGCUCAGAACCGGAAGGAGAAGAAAUGACUAAAGGAGGAGAAUGGAAAUCGUACCGUUGACUUUCUUGGACACACAAUCGAGCCUUAAGCUAAUUACAGUAUACGCUGUAUCGGAGGACAGCCAUCGAGGAGGGCCAGUGCUGCUGGAAAGACUGAUGAACAGGAGGACACACACACACACACACACAGAAAGAUAGACAGACAUGAAGAAACAAAGAGAGAAAAGGGAAAAUAUGCUGGUUGUGUUUACAUGCAGGAGACGUAUCAUUAUCAUAACUGAAGUGAAGUUGCUGGACCUACAACAAUGUUCAUGUUGCAUGUGACAUUUUUUUCCAGCAUUAUGCAGCUUUUUCUCCCAGGAAUUGCAUUCACAUGCUACUACUUUGCUUCAGCUAAAUACAUUUUAGUGGAAACUUAAAGGUACCCUAUGGCGUUUUGAUGACUAGUAGCGCUAUGGAGCAAAGUGGGUUUCCAUUGAGUUUGUAUGUCUUGCGCGCCUUGCAAAAAGGAAGGAAAUGCAUUCAACACAUUAGUUGUUAGGCCUCCAAGAUGUAAAUAUAACUUUUUAUGUUUACAAGAAAACAUCACAGGGUACCUUUAAUGGCUCCCAGAAUACUUUAAAUUAACGUUUCAACAAAAAUGCUAAUGUUAAACAUAUCUGGAACUUUUUUUAUUUGUUUUUUUCUACAAUAUACAAUGCUGGCAACUAAAGCAUAAUUUGAGAUUGUAUGGUUAGACAACUAAUAGAGAUUUGCGAAAGUUUGCAAAAAGUUCAUAGUUCAUAGUCAUAGUUCAAGUACUAUGUACAUCUGGCUAUCCACCCGGAUCUGCAGUUAAAGAUGCUACUUUUUAGUUUGCUUACUGUUGAAGCUGUGGUCGGGAACAUUUGAUUUACUGUCAACAUAGUCAAUCAAAGUCUAUGAAAGAUUCAUAAGGAAUAAAAAAAGCUUCAUCUAAAUAAUUGAAGUAUGGUUAGUAGGCUGGUGAUUUUCUGCAUGUGAACGUAUCCUAUGAGAUAAACAAAAAGGCUGUAGGACAGGUGAAAGGUGAAAGGUGAGAAUGAGAGUGAGAGAGAGAGAGAGAGAGAGAGAGAGAGGCACAAUCACAACACAGAGAGAACAACAAACAAAGACAAGACAAAACAAAAGGCAGAUAAGGAGAGAAAGUCAGUGGCCCCGACAGAAAUGUUAGAAAAUGUAACUGGAGGACCAGACGCUGAUCUCUCCAUGUCCUCUGUGAAUUUUUUGUUUUUGUUAUUUUCUCAAUCUGUGAAAUAUCCGGGUCAAGUUGUUGCCCUCUGGGGGGUAAAUUGAAAUAGCAAAAGAGAGUAAGGAAAGUGGGGGGAGGGGGGGGGGAGUCAAACAUGUCUCUUCGUGUUCAAGGACAUGCAUGGAUGUAGCCAAGAGGCAUAUUGAGAUGAAAAAACGGGGAUUAUAAACAGGUGUUGAAAGAUGGUCUGAGAAGGGAGGGAUGUCCAUCUAACUGUGUUUUCAUUGGACUGUUUUCCAAGUGCCUUGGAGCUCUCUUGUUAUGUCUCUCCAUCUCUCUCUCUUUUUCUCUCCCCCCUGCUCUCUUACUCGGACUCUCUGUCUUUCUCUCUCACACAAACACUGACGCACAUGAAACAGUGAGUACAGUGUGAGACUUUGUGUGAAAAUGACUACAAAUGAACAUACAGUCAUAUAGGAACUCACACACCUAUUCUCUUUCUCUCUCUCUCUCUCUCGCUCUCUGUCUCUCUCCUGCUUGACUUUAAGUCUUUCCCUAUUAUUACCUCUUCUGUCUCGAUGGAUACACAUAUAUAUACACACUGACACACACUCACACACAGAUAAAUGCACACUCCAUAAAUACAUACACACACCUAUGGCACUGGCCAGAUAACUCAAACUGUUGUUUGUAGACUUUGUACAGAAAAAUUUCUUUUUUAAUGUUAUUAUUAUUAUUUAAUAAAGGCUAAAUAACACGUGA